CUGGUGGUAUAGACGUUUCAAUAGUUAAGCUGUAUGUUGGGAGUGGUGUAUAGCUGUCCGUUUGGCUCAAUUUUGCCAUAUAUGAAUAUGUACCAAUGUCUUCUAAAAAGCGUUUGUGUUCAGUGUGCGUCAUCCAUGUGCCAAAGGCAGAAUUGAAGAAUUUUAAACAGGACUAAAAUCAUAUUUUGGACUAAAAGAUGAAUUGCGAUUGUAGUGAAAAACAGAUCUAUCUUCUGUAACUCCCGACCUUUUUUUGACCGAAGAAGAAAUUUGAAAAAUGAAUUUCAUAAAAAAGAAACUGAAGGGCCAUAAGAAGGAUGAUGAGGAGGAAGAGUAUGAAAAGGCCGUGUAUGAGCAGUCUCUUCAUCCUGAAAACCAAGAUCAAAAAAUGAAAAAUACCGAGGAAUGGCAAUUUUUUCAACAAUUAUCCAUGAAGGUUCAAGAUACUGUCCAGAAAACUCAAACCACAUUAAAUAAAUUGAAGGAUAUAAGGCAAGAUGGGGUAGAGGAAGAUGAAAAAGAUUCUUAUGAUAUAGAUGGUGGACUUACUAAGGAUCCAGCUCCAUAUGGUAGAGUACUGAGAGCUCCUCCUAGACCACCUCCACCUUUUGGUGACAAAACAGCACCAGUUGAUUUGGACUUUGGAUCAGACUUUUCGCAAAGCUCUCCUUCCAAAGGUCCUCCAAGGCCCCCACCCCCAGGAUCUUCAGAAUCCUCUUUUGUGGAUUCAAGUGCCUUGCAUGGAACUCCCAGUAAAAGCUUUGGAUCACCUGCUAGACCUCCACCUCCAAAUGUGGGAAAGUCAGAGCCUGCAUCUGAAAAUUUUGCUGUUUCUGAUUCAGUAGCUUCUGGUGUGCAUCACACUGAGAAAGAUGUAUCUUUUUCAUUAUUAGAUGAAUUUGGUUUUCAGAGUGAUACUGUAGCAUCAUCUGCUAAUACCAAUAUGCAGGAUUUGCUGUUCCUUGAUGAUAAGGAAGAAGUAGAUCCUUUUGAUACAUCUUUUGUUGAUGUUGAUAAUAUAUCAUCAACAAUUUCAACUUCAGAAAAGCAGGAUGGUGGAACUAAGAACAAAGCUUCUGAAAAUAGCUUUAAUCCAUUUAGUAGUUCAACAGUAUCUGAAACUUGGGUGGAAAAUUCUGCAGAUAAUUCUGAUGCAAACAAGAAGAGUUCAACAAAUCCGUUUUUUUCUGGCCUGUUAAGUGAUAAACUUGAUACAGAGCAAAAAAAUUCUGCUACUUCUCACAAUCCUUUCAGUUUUGGUGAUCCAGUUUCUUCAAGUAAUGCUCAAAGUGACUUGUUUGGAUUGAAUUUAAUUCCAUCACCAAGUAACAAUAAUAUUCCAGAAGAUGCAUUCCAAACUGCGGAAACAUCAGUUCCUGAAAAUGUGUUUCAGAAAACAGAAACAUCAAAGUCUUCUGUAGAAGAAAAUAAAAACAGCUCUGUUCGUAACAUUUAUAGUACAGAGGAAACAUUCAAAGGAGUAGAUAAUUCAGAAAAUGAAAUUAUUCUUGCUCAAGAUAUUCUUUCUAGUACAUUUUCUCAAAAAAAUAUCACAGAUCAUGUAUGGCAUGCUGAUAAAGAUGAUGUAAAUAUGCUUGCUUCUGAAAUUGUUUUGAAUCCUGAAAUUGCUUGUACAGCAGAAAAAGACUCAAAUGUUUCUUCAUUAUGGGAUUCAGCUUCCUUGGAAACUAAUAUAUUAGUGCCCGAAAAACUUGAUGUUAAACUUGAAUCAACACUAGCUACCAAUGAGGAGGAAAAGUCUGCAGGGGAGAUAGACUUCUUUGACAAUUCUGAUGUGCCAUCACUUGAACAAACUUCCACCACUGAUGUAGCUUUUUCUGUAGAGACUAAAUUUGAUAAUUCUGUUUUACAGCCAACUUCAUCAAGUAAUAUUGUUUCUAACUUAUCUUCUCCCAAAGAUGAAAAAGUCAAUGCUUUGAGUUCAGAUGCAUUUGAUUCAUCUCCUACAUUAAAAGAAGAUUCAAAUCAGCUAAAUUCUGAGGCUUCUAAUGGUUUUGAUUUUAAAUUGACUGAAGGUAAAGAAAGUGAACUCAAAGAAAGAAUAGAUACUGCAGCAGCCUUUGGUGCUGAACAGUUUUCUAAGCCAUUUGAAGAAGAAAAUGAACAAAAUGCCUUCGUAUUUAAAAUUAAGUCUGGAAAUGGAAAAGCAGAUCUUGAGUUUGAUGCUUUUGCUGCAAAAUUUGAAAGUGCGAAAGAAGUGCAAGAAAAUGAUGCCUUUGAUCCAUUUAUGAGUAAGAAAGCACCAACUUUAAAAAAGAUUCAAGAUGAAGGUAAAGGAUUUGAUAGUAUGGAUGAGUUUGAUCCCUUUAGAGUAACAAAAGUAGAAGAAACUUCUCAUGCAUUGAAGAAGGAGCCUUCUCGGGAUUCAUUUGAGGAUUAUGACAAUGAGGUUGAUUUUUCUGUUAUUAUAAAACCUAAAGUAAAAGAUAGCAGUGAUGUUAAAUUGUUUACAAUGGAACCUCCAAAAUUAUUGCCUCCUCCUAAAACUCCUACAAAAGCAUUUGAGACAGGUGUAUCACGUUUUAAUCCCUUCGAUAAAGAUUUUUUGGAUAGUGGGGAAACAACAAGAACAAUUGAUAAAGCACAUGAAUGUGUAGAUGUCGAAGAUGAGCCUGUACCUGCUCUUGGAGAAGCUGGAGUCCGGAAAGCAGAUUCAAUAGAAACACCUCUCUCACCCUUAUUUGAUGAGGAUACUUCACAGCCCCUCGAAGUGUUUCCAAAACCUUUUGACCGUGACGGUUGGGAUAUGGUCUUGAGACAACCUAAUAAAAAGAAAUUAACUGGCAACCGAUUUUGGAAAAAGAUAUUUGUAAAGCUUUCUGAAAAUAGUGUUUUGCAACUUUUCAAUAAAAGUGAUGACAAACUGCCAUUUCAAGAGUUACCUCUGCAAGGAUCUAACAAAAUUCAUUACAACAAUAAAAUAAACUUUGAUAAAAAUGGGCAAUUCCUCUACAAUACAA